AUGAAUUCAUUCAUCACUAGAAUCAUUUACUUUCUCCAGUUCCUUAUUCUGUUCCUGAAUCCUUCUACUACAACUUCUGCCGUUCGGAUACCUUUUGCGUUGCCAAUCACCAAAUGUUCCACCAUCUCCUUUUGGAGUAGUCAAACGAAGACUCUCAUAACAGAAGGAGGAAUAGUAUCCUCUAGUACGACCUCCCUCAAUGCUGCCAUUGGACGAAAGGGCAACAAGAACCACAAACGAAAGGUGGCAACCUUCAAAAACAUUGAAGAAGUUUUGGAAUCAUUUUACGAAGAGCCGAUUGGUGUCUUGUUUGGCACCAAGAGUUGCGGACCAUGCCAUUCCAUGAAGGAAGAAAUGAAACAAGUUCAUUCCACCUUUGGAAAUGAGCUGCUCUUGUUUGAUGUUGACAUUGAUCGAUGGCCAUCCGUGGCCAACAAGAUGAAUGUCAUUAUGGCACCGACUCUGCUGGUCUUUCAGCAAGGUCAAGUUCAGUUGCGAUUGGAAGGCAUGUUGCCAGCUGAAACGAUAUUGAAAGAAUUGCGUUCCUUUUUGGGACAUUCAUGA